CCCUUCAAAUUCUCUCAAAUUGAAAGAAUUAAAAAUAAAAGAUUUGAAAGGAGUCUAAUGUCCCUCCAUCUACCUCCUCUCAUUCUCUCUUCAUUGAUGAAGUUAUCCAAACAAUAUAGAGGGAAAGACAUCUCCUUCACUCUCUUUCCCUCCUCUCUCUCAACUACCUCACUCCAAACAAAGUCUGCUAGAGUUUGCUGCGAAGCAGUGGACGGACCAGGAGCACAAGGCUUUUGGUGGUUUGUGGUGAGCGAACUAGGGGCACGAAGCUUUUGUUGGUUUCUCACGGGCAGACUAAAGGGUGCAAAGCUUCUGGUGGUCUGUGGCAGGUGGACUAGGGGGUCGAAAAUUCUGAGGGCUUGCGACGUGCUUGAGUCUGCUAGAAUGGGACACUGGUAGGUGGCUAGGUUGGGUCUUGCCGAGAAAGAACAAGGAUUGUGGUUGGGUUGGUUGAAAGGGGAGAAAUCUUCUUGCUGAAUGAGUGGAGCUCGCUUGCCUGAUGAGGAUACAGUCUCUCCUCCAGCCUAGCGCAUACCUUCCCCUACGAUCAUCUAUUAAAUCUCUAACAAUUUCUUUUUAGCCUCUGUGACAUAAAACUAUAGGAAUGAUCUUUGUAAUUUCUCUUAAUUAUUAGUAAAUCUUGUUACCAAUU